UCAGAUGAUGGUGAUCUUGUGGUUAUUUACUUUCUGUGUCAGUUGCACAGAGUACGAUCCAGUGUCCGCCUCUUCUCCAGGUCCCAUAUUUUGUCCGGUUCUCGAGCCGGUGACAUGGAUGGUGCUGACAACCCCCGUUCCCCACUGCUGGGCUUUGUGCAGGAUUCAUUCUUGCCAUCCACGGUUUCAAUUGCCCUGAAGUGCCUCUUGGUUGGGAUAAAUAUUGCCAGUAUCGUUAUCGGAGCGAUCUAUAUAAAUGACUGCCCAGGGCAGUACCUCAUCCCAUACUAUCUCAUCAUUUCAGGGGUGGCAUGUCUCCUGUACCUCUCCAUGACCUGCCUGCCAUGUAUAGAUGAAGAUCAGGUCACAUCUGUCAAUCUUGCCAGUCUUUGCGCUCAGGGUGUAAUUCUUUUAUUCCUCUUCGCUUUCUUCAUAGCAGGUAAUGUGUGGAUAUAUUCUCUAACCCAUGAAUCCUGGGAUGAUGAAACGAGCCCGAAGCGAUGUAACCGGGUGCUGUACCUGUACGCCUUCUGGACAAUAACCCUGUGCCACCUCUGCUUCGUGGUCCUGCUGUGCACCUACCUCUGUUUACUGUUGGGUCUCCUUAUCCUUAAAAGAUCACUUUUCGGGAGUCGCCGCAACUAAACCCUUGUGACCAGUCUCGUCCAGGGACUGCUUCU